AUGGCGGAGGCAACCUCCGCGUGUAGCUUUCGAGAUCCAACAACUCGAGAAGAAGAUGAUGACUCAGACUCGAAUAAGUACCCAACGUCUUCUGCAAAUAUCAUCGAAAUGGUUCCUCGUGAUGUUUUGGUAAUGUUUAUGUUGCUAUACUGUAAAGAAACUUUCUUAGCUAAAUCAAUGGCUGAUCUUGAGACUGCACAAGAUGUAUUCACUGAACGAACUGAAGAUAAUCGUCAACAGGAAAAAUUGCCUAAAGGUCAAGAACUUAUGGAAAUUGCAAACAGAGAAUACAAAUCUGUCCAUGGAAGAAUCAUAGCCAUCAACAUGGCUACUUUGGGAAAGAGAAGACUGAAAUUCAGCCCCAGGCCAGGAAGUACUUUUGGAAAUAUAGAGAACGUGAAUGAGGGAUUCUUUCACGAGCAGGCUCGAUCCGAUCGUGAUAGRUACGUCAGAGUCAAUUGGGAAAAUAUUUUGGAAGGUUUCAGCGAUCAGUUUGACAAGYAUUCUUGGAAGACCAUUGACACAUUAGGCAAAUCCUAUGACUACGAAUCCAUUAUGCAUUAUGACAGAACGGCUUUUACAAAGAACGGAAACCCAACUAUUGUUGCCAUUGACAACGAACAGAUGGAGUUUAACAAAGGAAAACGACUCAGCGCUGGUGAUAUAAUUGAAAUAAAUACACUGUAUAAUUGUAAAGCUAAAAGAUACGGUUGGUCAAGUUGGUCCGGAUUUACACCUUGUAAUGACAAGUGCUACAAAACCCGAGAGCGUUUCUGCUAUAAUCCAGGAAAACUGACACAUUGUGGUGGUAAAACCAACGCGUAUGGAAUUGAGGAACAAAAAGUGAAGUGCACUAAAAGGGAAUGCGACAAGCGUUUUGCAAUAGAUGGCCAUUGGGGAAGAUGGAGCGAUUGGUCUGAUUGCAGUGCUACAUGUGAUAAUGGCAUGAAAACACGCUUUAGAAAGUGCGAUAAACCAAAACCUGGAAAAUAUGGAAAGCCAUGUAGUGGCAAGGCAAAAGAAAGCAGAAUAUGUAUUGUAAGAAGAUGUCAUAUGG